AUGAUAAGACAGUACCUUAUUGAUUGGAGAGAUCUUCAUUUUUUCAUCGUUCGUUUCAUAAAAAUACGAAAGUCGAAAUUCAUUACAGUGUCGAGGUGUGCUCAUGUGAAUCACGAACAUCAUGCAACGCCACCAGUCACGCAGCUCAGCGAAUCCGAACUUAUGCUUCGUAACUCUGCUAGGCAAUUUGCAAAGAAUGUACUGAAACCAGCUGUGCGUGGGAUGGAUGAACGUAGUCAACUGGAUGAAAAUGUCCUCAAGGCUCUUUUCGCAAACGGUUUCAUGGGUGUCGAAGUGCCCGAGCAGUACGGUGGUCCUGGUGCAUCUUUGUUCGAUGUUGUCAUCAUUGUUGAGGAACUAGCUAAGGUCGGCUCAUUUUGUCUGAGUGAACCAUCAGCAGGCUCCGAUGCCUUUGCAAUGAAAACAGUGGCAAAGCGAGAAGGCGAUGAUUAUAUUAUUACGGGCAAUAAACUAUGGAUCUCAAGCGCCAAAGAAGCCAAAUUUUUCAUUGUUUGUUUUAUUUUGCACUUCCAAUUUUUGGAGUCAAAUUAA